AUGAAGAUGCUCGAUUUAUUACAAUCUACCGAAACAGUUUACCACGAUGUUGAACAAGGACAGACGCCAAGUCGUAGCCCAUCACAAGCCGAUAAAGAACAACUUGAUAUAUUUCACAGUUUUGGGAAAUAUAUUGAUCCAUCGACUGACGUUCCUCAUAAUCUUAAUAGAAGCACAAAAUUGGAACCAUUGUCUACUAAUUCAUAUGCGAUUGAUAAUCAAAACAGUACAGAUAGUCAACGAUUAGCAUCUGCUGCUCAACUAGAUUCAUCCCAUCGUCGAAAAAGAAUACUCUUAUAUGGACUUCUUUUAUUGAUCGUUGUUGUUAUAAUUAUAGUCACUGUUACCUUGGUUUUACUUUUACGAGUUCAUAAAUAA